AAUUUCUUGCUAGCGUGAUGAAUUGCUUGGCUUUUGUGUUUUCCCAUGUGUUGGCUUUGUGUUUUGAAUGGAACCAUUUAUCUUAUCCUAGGUAGGCUAACUUAAAAAUCGGUAUUUUAGUCAUAUUAAACGGACUAAUGAUGGUAGCCAAUUUUCCUUAUAGAUAGUACAGCAUUGGCGUGGGUCAUUAUCAAUAAUAGUGGUAGUAGAAGCGAGCUGGUUGGUCUGUCCUACCUAGUAGUUAAUGACGCUGUUAUUUUGGGGGGGGGGAAGGAAAAAGGAGGGAGCUGGUCGACUUCCCCUUGACGCAAUGAAAAAGGCGCACUUCUAUUGAGAGAACCAACUGAAUACACUUUUGAAGACUGUUAUGAUCUUUUAAGUGAGCCCUGAGUGUGUUUGGGUGGGUGACCGAGGUCUGCUGACAGCUGGGGCCACCUCUUUGUUGUACCCUGUCGUCUGCCUCCAACGCCAACCCCCUGCCUGGCCGACAGAAGUGGAGAGCGUUAAGCGCAAUCCGUGGGGAAGUCAACCUGAGCAUCCACAAAUGAAAGAGUGGACUAUUGUGUCUUGAACUUAGUAUUACUGGAGCAUGAAGAAACCAGUGCCACAAAAAGCUAUUGAGUGGAGAGAUGGCAGGCGGAUCAAGCAUGCCCGAAGUGGCCGUCCCUCCCGGGUCCCAUCGCAGUACCAAGGAGGGCACUUCAGUUGGGACAAAUACCUAAAGGAAACAGGUGCUAGUGCUGCACCUGCCCACUGCUUCAGACAGGGUGCAACACCUCCAGUGAAUGAGUUCAAGGCGGGCAUGAAGCUGGAGGCGCAGGACCCUCGGAAUACAACGUCGACCUGCAUUGCAACAGUGGUGGGCCUGACGGGAUCGCGGCUGCGUCUGCGCCUUGACGGCUCCGACAACAAGAACGAUUUCUGGCGCCUGGUGGACUCAUCUGAAAUCCAGCCUAUCGGAAACUGCGAGAAGAACACGGGCAUGCUGCAGCCGCCAUUGGGCUUCCGUCUGAACGCAUCCUCCUGGCCCAUGUUCCUUCUAAAAACACUCAACGGAGCCGAAAUGGCCCCAGCACGCAUCUUUCACAAGCAGGAGCCCCCCGUCCCAGAGCAGAACUCCUUCCAGGUGGGCAUGAAGCUGGAGGCAGUGGACCGCAAGAACCCCCACUUCAUCUGCCCGGCCACGGUGGGGGCGCUGCGUGGCGUGGAGGUGCUCGUCACCUUCGACGGCUGGCGGGGUGCUUUCGACUACUACUGCCGCUAUGACUCCCGGGACAUCUUCCCCGUGGGCUGGUGCUCUCUCACCGGGGACAACCUGCAGCCGCCUGGCACCAAAGCAGUGGUACCCAAGAUCCUCGGUUGCCUUUCAGACUGUAGCGAGGGAACAGCCAUGCACCCCAUGCCAGGACAGCCGCCUGGCCAACGGGGACGCAAGCCAGGCUGCAGGAAAGCCAAGCUGACAGGGCCCUGGGGGCAGAAGGGGGCCGGAGUAGGACCACAGGCCCCCCCGUCCGGAAAGGGACUGGAGCCUAUCAAGGUCCCCAAGAAGAGAGGCCCCAAACCGGGGAGUAAGUUGGGCUGGGCGAAGAGAGAAGGCUGGCUGGAGGGUGCCAUGGCAGGCCCAGGGCGACCCGUGUCCCGGCCCAGAGGGAGGCUGCCAGCCAACUGGACCCAGAGGAUGGCACUGCAGGAGGGACAAGUGGAGUCUAUCAAGAUCCCCAAAAAGAGAGGGCCCAAGCCCGGCAGCAAGAGAAAACAGCGGGUGGUGCCCAACCCCGUGCCCGUUUCCCCCAACAGCAGUAUGCCAGAGCCAGACACCAGCACGGUGCCUCUGGACAACGCCACCAUCCCCAGCGCUGCCUUGCAUGCUGCCACAGUGUGUGUCUACCUGAACAAGUAUGGGAAGGUGGGACCCCACUUGGACGGGCGGCGGGUGCAGCAGCUGCCCGACCACGUUGGUCCAGGCCGGGCUUCCUCGGUGCUACAGCAGUGUGUCCAGGCCUGUGUGGACUGUGCCCACAACCAGAGCUCUGUCUUCUCCUGCCUCAAGCCAGGUCACGGAGGAGAGGUCAUAUCAGCCCACUUCGACCACCAGCACCAUACCCUCACCCUGCCCACGGUCAACAGCGUCACGCACGUCCUGCACUUCCUGGAGAAACUCUGUCACAACCUCUACUGUGACCCUCUGUUUGGGAGCCAGCCCAUCCCUAGAGGGGGCCUGCAUUACGACAGCCAUGCCUACCCAGAAAGGAGAAGUUUUAGGGAGGGCCUCACGACGGGUCCAGGAAGAGGCUCCAAGCGGUUCCUUCAAGAAUCCUACUACAGCCCCCUCCCCCACAAGCUGGCCAAAAACCUCUGCCUCUCCUCGGAAGGUGAGCCUUUCCUCAUGGAGAAUGGUGUAGGGGGGUCGGAGCACUUAAAGAAGAGCCCCCUGUCCCCAGGCUCGACAGGGCAACCUCUGAGCCUGCGGUUCCCCACCAAGUUGCUACAUCUCAACUCUUCAGGCUCUGAGCGUUUCAGAGAGUGCCCCCGGCCCAGUGGCCAGGACCCCAACCUGUGGACGGUAGAGGACGUCAUGCAGUUCAUCAGGGACAUAGACCCUCUACUGGCCCCCCACGCAGAUCUCUUCAGAAAACACGAGAUUGAUGGCAAAGCCCUCCUGUUACUGCGCAGCGACAUGAUGAUGAAAUACAUGGGCUUGAAGCUCGGGCCUGCCCUCAAACUCACAUUCCACAUCGACAGGUUCAAACAUGGACGCCCUUAUUGAGCUCAUCAGCGUCACCCCACCCCGCAACCCUGCUACUUCUACCCCCCUCCC